GCUUCCUUGCUUGCUUGCUUUUAUAUUAUUGGCUGAUGGACCUGAAAUGUAGAUUUUGCUACAUGUCAAGCAUAUGCUGUUGUAUUGAUCUUCAUGAAUGUGACUUUUGAAAUCUGGCAGAGAGAAUAGUCUAUUUCUCAGGAUGGCAUGGAUUCAUGAUAUUAAUACUGCCUGAGCUUUCUUUUUUCUUUUUUUUUUUUCUUUUUUUUUAGGAGCUGGGGACCAAACCCAGGGUCUUGCGCUUGCUAGGCAAGCGCUCUACCACUGAGCUAAAUCCCCAACACCCUGCCUGAGCUUUCUAAGUCAUUGAAUUGCCACUGCAUAACAUUCUUCCUAUCUGUUCUGGAUUUUUGGGUUUUCUUUUUAAAAUGAAUAUGAGUACUUUGCCUGUAUUCAUGAAUAUUUACCUCAUGUGUGCCUGGUCCUCAUAGUAGUCAGAGGAUGGCCUCAGACUUCCUGAACUUGGAGUAAUGAAUAGUUUUGAGGCCCCUUGUAAGUACCAGCAAUUGAGCACAAUUAUUUGCAAGUCCAGCAAAAGUCUUCACUGGUGAGCCAUCUCUCCUGCCCUAUGUUGGUUAUUUAAGAUCAACCACUAAUAUUUUCAUCUGUCCACUUGUAACUAUUUAAACAUGUAUCCCCUUUUAGUAAGAUCUUAAUGUUACAGUUUAAACUGGGGGCACUUCAAGAUUUUGGAAGAUGAAUAUAGAACUGGAAUAUAUGUAUAAUUCUUUGAGGGAACCUAAGUAAAAACCUCUGAAUUCUUUCUCUCUUGUUUGUUUGAUUUUUGCAGGGGAGACAGGGUCUUAAUAUGUACCUCUGUCUGUCCUAGAUAAGCCAGGCUGGCAUGUAACUCAAUGAGAUACACCUGGCUCUGCCUCCUGAAUGCUGGGAUUAAAGGAAAGCAUGAGACAGUACAUCCAGUUUACCCAUCAUUUUUUGUAGUUAGUAACUGUUUAUACAAUUUCUCUGAUAUAUGCUCAGUACUCUUUGCUUGUUGUGGUCUCUCUUUCUCUCCCUCUCCUUCCUUCCUCCUCUGUGUUAAUUGGCAUGUCUCUUGCAAGGCUAUAUCCUAUUCAAAUAGCAAAGAAAUGACAAACAUAGACCUCAUUAUUCAGUUUACUUCUAUGAUCAUUUGGUGAUUAUAUUAGAACCUCUGGGUCAAGAAGUAAGUAAAGGCAAUUAUUGAGUUUCUGGCACUAUUCCUGAGCUCACACAUGCUGUUGGCUGAUACUCUCAAGGACCUUCUGGAGCUCCCAAAAGUGUCCUCCUCUUUGCUUACCAUAGCUGAAGAACUCAACUUGCUCCCUAAGUACUCUCAUGAGAGAGGAUUCCCCAGCGAAACCUGGAACAUUUCCUGCCCAUGGUUCUUGCUUGAUGAGAUGUCUGUUUACAAAUGAAACCACCAUAAUCUUUAUACUAGCACAGUAUGUUUUUGUGAAUAAACUGAACAUAUUCGAAAGGGGGAAAAAAAGUAAGUAGAGGAACCACCAGAAUUAUAUGAAUAUAAUUCUGUGUCAAUGAAGUACAUAUUUACAUGAUUGUCUGUAUCAUGAUUUCUGUCACACACAUGUGUGUGAUACUUUAGGAUGCUGUGAUCUAUGAUGAUGUGCAUGUGAACUUCACUCAAGAAGAAUGGGCUUUGCUGGAUCCCUCACAGAAGAAUCUCUACAAAGAUGUGAUGCUAGAGACCUACAGGAACCUCAAUGCUAUAGUGAAGAUGCUCCCACUCCCACCCACCCUUUCUGGUACUAUGUUUUAGGCUAUGAUUGGGAACACCAUACUAUUGAAGAACAUUGCCAAAGUUCUAGAAGACAUACAAGGCAUGAAAGAAGUCUUACUGGAGAGAAACCCUCUGGACAUAUUCAAUGUGGUAAAGCUUUUGCAUAUCAUGGUUGUCCUCAAAGGCAUGAAAGGAUUCAUACUAUAGAGAGACCCUCUGAAGAUUUUCAAUAUGGUGAAGACUUUGCAUAUCACAGUAGUCUCCAAAUACAUAAAAGAACAUAUUCUAGAGAUAAACCCUACAAAUGUAAUCAAUGUGAUAAAGUCUAUUCACAGUACAGUCAUCUCCAAAUUCAUAAGAGAAAGCAUACUGGAGAGAAGCCCUAUGAAUGUAAUCAAUGUGGUAAAACUUUUGUGUAUCACUGUUAUCUUCAAAUACAUAAAAGAACACACACUGGAGAGAAACCCUAUAAAUGUAAUCAAUGCGAUAAAGCCUAUUCCCAUCACAGUUAUCUCCAAAUUCAUAAAAGAACUCAUACUGGAGAAAAGCCUUAUGAAUGUAAGCAAUGUAGUAAAGCCUUUGCAUGCUAUGGUCAGCUUCGAAGGCAUGAAAGAACUCAUACUGGAGAGAAACCUUACAAAUGUAAUCAAUGUGAUAAAGCCUUUGCACGACACAGUCAUCUCCAAAUCCAUAAAAGAACACAUACUGGAGAGAAACCCUAUGAAUGUAAUCAAUGUGGUAAAGCCUUUGUAUGUUCCAGUCAUCUCCAAAGACAUAAAAGAAUGCACACUGGGGAGAAACCUUAUGAAUGUAAUCAGUGUGGUAAAGCCUUUGCAUAUCAUUGUGGACUUCAAAGUCAUGUAAGAGCACAUACUGGAGAGAAGCCCUACAAAUGUAUUCAGUGUGGUAAAGCCUUUGCAUGUCACAUUAGUCUUCAAAACCAUGAAAGAAUGCAUAUUGGAGAGAAACCCUAUGAAUGUAAUCGAUGUGAUAAAGCCUUUGCAUAUCACCGUAGUCUUCAAAACCAUAAGAGACUACAUACAGGGGAGAAACACUAUGAAUGUGAUCAAUGUGGUGAAGCCUUUCCAUAUCAUAAUUAUCUUCAAAUACAUAACACAUACUGGAAAGAAAUCCUAUAAAUGUAAUCAAUGUAGCAAAGCUUUUGCAUGUCAUAGUAAUCUUCAAAACCAUAAAAGAAUGCAUACUGGAGAGAACCCUAUGAAUGAAAUCAAUAUGAUAAAGCCUUUUCAC